AUGGCCGCGGGAGAUACUGCUCUGUGGCUUCAUAAUAAAUUAGGAUCCACCGAUGAUUUAUGGUCAGGCCGGACAAUAUGUUCACAGCUUUCACGAGAACGUCUGCAAAGUAUCCAGGAAUGUUUUCAUACACUUCAGCCGCAUGUCAAAGUCAAAUUGUUGCUGGCAUUCCUCCAUAUGCCUCGGCGAAAUACCGAACAGUGGAAGGUAGAUUUAGAAGAGAUACUGGCAAUGGCUGAGAAUGACAGUGAUCCAUGGGUGUGUAUGGUGGCUGAGAUGUUACGCACCUACCCAUCAACUGGUACCAUCAAUUGUGAACUGGAAGGAUUCAGUAAUACAUUCGCUGAUGUUGUUACAGACUUGAAGAAAAUGAUGAAAAAAUGUAUAGAUGUUAGAAUGUUACCACUAGAAUGUCAGUUUGUCAAUAGAUCAGCUUUAAACUCAAUAGCUGGCCAUUCUUCUCAACCUAUUAAACAUUUUACACUCAAACGUAAACCAAAAUCAGCCACCUUAAAACGUGAAUUACUUCAGAAAUCAAAUGAAGUAGCCAAUAAUCGGAAAAAUAAUAUGCCAAAUAGUGUCCCCAUUAAAAUCAGAAGUUUUGCUAAAAAGAUGGAUGAUGCCACCCCAUUAAAGGGAUUACCAAGUAGAACUCCUCUACCAUCAGGCUAUAGAACACCAAGCUCUGGUCUAGCUAGGCUGAAUAGUUCACCUAUAGGACACAUGCCUUUACCAGCUAGGUCAGGCUCUGGAAAGAAAGAAGGAGGAAUUAAGUUCUUAGAUAUAGGUGAACAACCUAUAGGUGCUAAAGAAGCUAAACGUAGAAAGAAACAAGCAGAAGUGGAAGCCAUGGAACAACAACGGAAAGAAAAAGAGGCAGCCAUUGCUGCAGGACUGGCUGUUACCACAGCAACUACAACUGUGUCUGCUACUCCAGAUUAUGCUGCAGGAUUAAUGGCACCGGCAACGCCUAAAAUGCCAACAGCUGUUGUGAGCUCUACACCAAAUCCUUUAUCAUCUACGACUCCAGCUUAUGUACCCACGGCAACCAGCAGAUUAGCUAAUCCUUCUCCUACUGGUAUCACACUAACAGGGAAUAUUGCUCCCUUGUCCUCUAGUGUUCAGCAGACGGCCAGACAGAAUCUGCAACAGCAGCUUCAGCAACAACUUGGUCAGUCUCAGAUUCGAACCCAAACAACAGUUCCUCCAGCGCCGAAUACAUUAUCCCAAACAAGUCCUGGAGUGGUGAACUCUUCUCAACCAAUCAUAGUCCAACCACCUGCUCCAAUACAACAAUAUCCACAACAGACGUUACCACAGCAACAACAGGUCAUAGGUCAACCUGGUACGAUGGCUCCCCCAACACAGCCACAACCUGUUCCUGCCGGUGGCCAGAUUAAAAAAGCUUUAUCCUUAACGAGAGAGCAAAUGAUAGAAGCUCAAGAAAUGUUUCGUGAUUCUAAUAAAGUGUCGAGACCAGAGAAAGCUUUGAUAUUAGGCUUUAUGGCUGGCUCCAGAGAGAAUCCCUGCCCCCAACAAGGCAGUGUACUGAGUAUCAAACUAUCAGAAGAUGAUGAAACAAUACAACAAGCCGACGGAAAUAAAAAAAUUAUGAUCGCCGAUACAUACUUUCAAAUGAACUAUUCGACUGGAGAAUGGAAAAGGUUUAAAAAAUAUCGUGAAAAGGCACCUGCUAUCAGCUGAUGUGGUGUUAGCUUAGUGUAAUUUAUUUGUAUAAAGUGUAAAAGCUGAAAUUAUGACUAUGAUUACACCAUUAAACUGUGUGUUAAGUGUUUCUAUGAUGGAGACUAUUCCAGACAAUGGUUCACUCUUAAUGUUAUAUAAGCUUAGAGAAACCCCUGAGUUAUAUUCAAGUAUGUUUAAAACAAAACUUAUAGAAAUACCAGACAUCGUAUAUUUCUGGAUCAUAUUUCAGAGAGUUGUCCACCAGACAUCAUUUCACUCCGGGCUAUUCUCCAGAGUGUGCUGUACUUUUGUAAUGUUGUGCUAUCUACAGAACAGAUUACAACCUGGAUUAGUAGGGGUAGGGAGGCAUUUGGCCCCCUACAAAACUGGCUUGCACACACAAUUGUACCCACGCUAUAUUUAACAAAUUUAUGUUUUUUUUAUACGAUUUAAGAAUUUUCUUGUAACAUAGAUUUGCGCAUUUUGAAUUUAGCCCUGACAGUUGUCUCCCCAUUUGUACCACCAGUCUAUGGAGUCUGGCGUCUCUACUGCCCUCACUCUAGUCCUGUAUGAGACAUUGUUUAGUUCUGUUGUUUUUAACUCCUUCAAAACGAUACAGCAUUAAAUACAUCAGAUUCUUGGAAAAUUAUCAGUCUUAAAAUAUAUACAGCCCUAGAAAUUGUGAACAGUGUGAACCAUUUGUCACUGAAGUUGACUUCACACGAUAAUAAGUACCAGUUGCGUAUUACUGUGAAUAAUGAAAGUGGUCAUGAGUUUCGAAGUCAACUCGCAACUCAGUGACAUAAGAGUUGCGUUCGAAACUAACGACCGCUAUUUUUAUUGGCAAACAUGCAACUGGUAAAGGUCACUUAAGAAAUCUUAGGAUCCUGUUUACGAUCAGUGUAAUUUUUAACCUGUAGAUUUCCACCAUUCAAUAAAUUUUGAUUUUGUUACUUUAUGGUUUAUGUCGAUUUUUUGUUAUUACUCAUUAAAUUUGUCAAAUAUU